GCCUGUACUACUAACAACUAUAAUUGAUGCUGGUGUCCCAAUGGCUACGUUUACAUGGUAUAAAAAUGGUCAACCACUUCUUGAAGGCAAUCGAUUUACUACGAAAUAUGACAUUUAUACAAAAGCAUUAACAUUACAAGUUCUUGCUGCUCGUCCUGAUGAUCAAGGAACUUAUACAGUUCGUGUAACAAAUCCAUCUGGUACUGAUGAAACAACAUGUAAAUUAACAAUUCGACCUGUAGCAUCAAUUGAUACACGACCAUUUAUACAACCAGAAUACUUUACACAAUUAGAACUUAAAGCUCCACCUCCAACAAAAGAAGAUAUGAAACAAAUGGAAGCACCAAAAGUAGUUGUACCAUUGAAAGGCGUACAAGUUAAUGAAGGUUCACCUGUUCUUCUUCAAGCUACGAUUGUUGGAAAACCUACACCUAAUUUUGUUUGGUUGAAAGAUGGUGCACCAUUGGCAGCAUCAAAUCGUCUUCGUACUCGAUAUGAUAUUGGUACAAAACAA